AUGUCCACACAUAAGUCAUAUGCUGCUUAUCGAAGGCACGUCUCUAACAGGCACAAUGGUCUCCUAAAAGAUGAAGACCCAGCAGCGAGCACGUCUCAGGACGUUCAUGAUGAAGGUGGUCAACAGCUCAUGGAAAGUGCUGACCAUGGCGUUGAUCACUCUCAAAAUGUGAAUGUGGAAAGUGACGCAAAUGAAGUUUCUGGGGAGCUGAAUGAAACUUUCGGAGAGUCUCAAGUGACUGAAAUGCAAGAGUUUUCACCUAUGCCUGAUCCUGUAAAAAGCAUGAGCUUGCUUUUUUUGAAAUGGAAAGAGGGAAUGAGGCUGCCUGAGGCAACAGUGAGUGAGAUCGCAAAUGACAUUAUACUGUACCUACAACAGUUUGUGCAGCAGUCUUCAGACAUGCCAAGUGGGGCACUCGUUCAAGAUGUUAUAAAAGAACUUCCUGCACUCCAGACGAAGUCAGGCCGGGAACAAUAUUGGCAAAGCACGCUGCCCUAUGUAACUCCCACAACAAUUGUGUUGGAUAAAAAGCCAAAUGGAAAGGCCGUAACCUAUCAGUACAUCAGCAUUCUGAAGGUCUUAAAGAAGUACCUGCAGUCCCCUAAUGCCUCUUUUAGAAGUGGACAGAGAGCUGAAGAGGGCCGCCUAGCUUCAGUUUCCGAUGGGUCCGCAUUCAGGGAUCACAAGUACUUUCAGGGGGAUACAAGCAAGCUGUGUAUCCAACUCUACACAGAUGAGUUUGAACCUUGCGAUCCAUUAGCUGCAAAAAAGGGGGAAACACAAGCUAAUGUCGUCAAGGAAAAGGCUGUAGAGCAGUAUGGCCUUCACCGCAUCUUGGAAGCGCUUGUGAAAGAGAUUGUGGAGUUGGAGACGGAAGGCAUCGUCAUUGACUCUACAAAAUACACCGGAUCAGUGCUGUGCCUUACAGGAGAUAAUUUAUCAAGCCAUCGCGCAGGAGGCUUCUCUUGCGGCUUCAGUCAUGGCCGUGUGUGCCGCUUUUGCAUGGCUGUACAUCGUGAACUGUCUGUGAAACACAGUGAGAGAGACUUUGUUUUGCGCUCUCCACAGGGUCACAAGUAUCACCUCGAAAUGCUGGAGAAUGGCCUCCCAGCACUGUCAUUGUAUGGUGUGAAGUCACAGUGUGCACUGACGUUUGAAGGUUUUGAGCCAACAGAACACCUACCUCCCGAUCUAAUGCAUGAUCUUCAUGAAGGGGUCAUACCCUUUGUCUUGAAACAUGUGCUCUUUAGACUUGUUAUUCAAGACAAGUGUUUCACCUUAGAGACAUUGAACAAGUGCAUCGAAACUUUUGCGUAUGACCCAUGCGACGCAAAGAACAAACCAGAACCAGUUGCUCGAACUGCACUGGUAGGCAAGGGCACACUGAGAGGCAGCGCGUCGCAGAAGUUUAGCUUUCUUAGGCACCUGGCGCUCUAUAUUGGUGAAUGUGUGUCCUCAGAAAAUCGGGCAUGGAAAAUCUACCUUCUCCUCAGGGAGGUAGUCGACCUCCUAAUGUGCAGAGACAUUCCUGUUGACCACAUCCCCUAUUUGUAUCGUCGCAUCGUAUUGUUCAGACAAGAAUUUGAAUCUGUUUUUCCUGGUGUUAAAGUGCCGUGCAAGAUGCAUUAUCUCCUGCACUAUCCAUCCUUCAUCUACAAGUAUGGGCCACUGGUUGCAUUAUGGUCGAUGCGAUACGAAGCCAAGCACCAGUACUUCAAGGAUGUUGCCAGGAAAAUAAAAAACUUCAAGAACAUUGCUUUUUCUCUUGCACACAGGCACCAGUUGUAUCAGAUGUUUGUGUGGACACAACACACUUUGGAGGAUGCCAUAACCACCGUCGCCAGCAAGACUGUUGUUCUGGAGCAUGCACCUGAGCCACUUAGGUUAUAUCUUGCAAGCAGCAGUGGUCAGGAACAGCACAUUUGUUCCAUGAAAAGUGUGACAGUGAAUGCCAGAACAUACACCACGGGCUGUGUAGUGACACAACUCCAAGAAGAUGACUUGCCAGAUUUUUAUGAGGUGUGUGGCAUUUAUGCUGUCAACCGCCGUGUCACUCUCUUUCUAAGGCGGCUUGUCACGGAGGAGUUCGACACACACUUAUUUGCUUACGUGGUGAGUCGCAGUCAGGAAGCAAUGGUGACAGACAGACUUUCUGACUUCCUUUCUGACCUACAAACUGUCCACAGGAAAGAACACAGGGACGUAGUAAACCCACGACAAGCACUGCUGUGA